UCUCGACCCAAGACCGCUUAGCCUACAACCCAGCGAACUGAGAGACAAUCAUUGCGAUCUCAAGCGACCUGUGACUCCGCCCGCCCUCCGCCCUUAGGUAUCUCAACCUCAACUCAGACCACAAAUCCGCGAUCCAUCCGGUUGUGCCAGGUCUGUGGCUACUGGCCUUCAUUGUUUUCUUCCAAACAGGGUCACUUCACUGCGGGCUCUAUGUGGAAGAAGAGAAGAGACCGUGCUCGAUUCUUUACUCCUCUCAUCACCUCCUCCAACCCGACUUUCGCGCUCCCCGCCCGCCCCCCGGUUAUCCACCAGGGAAAUCAGCCACGGUUUCGUCUGCCACGUUAAAUGGCAGAUGGUACCUACAGGUUCCAGCAGCCUGGGGCCGGGCCGUUUUCCUUCCAAACACAACCACAGCAUCACACUCACCAACGACACGCCAUUCCAAACGGGACCAAUUCUCCGGUUCGACUAAAGCUCAAUCACGACACCCCUUCCCCUUCUCGAUCACCCCCCGUUAACCAAUCAGCCGCACUGCCCUUCAACAUGUACCAAGGUCAACACAUGGUGAUGAAUGGCGCCCAGGCCCACCACCAGCAUCAGCACCAACAACAGCGCUAUGGUGGUGGAAUUGGCAUGCCAAUUUCCAAGUUCCAAUCGCACCAUACUCAACAACAAAUCCACGCAUCCCAUUCCCAAGCCACACACACAUUUACUCAACAGAACUACUCGGCUGGGGUAUUGCCGACAUCGAACGCUCAAUUCACCCAGAGUCACCUCCAGAAUGGUGGCCCAACUAUUGGCGAUGACGACUUGGAAGGCUCUAUGAGCGAGCAUUGGCAAGAACAACUCCAGCUUCAUGCGGAGUCGCGAAAUUCCUCUUCUCCUCAUUACUAUGCUAGGAUCAUGGCGCAGCAAACCAAGGGCGUCACGAUGCUCGCCGGCCAGACAGAUGAGACUACGGUUGAGAAGCCCUCUUCACGACAAGGAUGGAAUGCGAUCGACUUUGGCGGACAGGGCUUACGUGCCAUCUCCACCUCAUUGUUUGGGUACGACUUCCUUGAGAAGGUGUACCUCAAUCAUAACAAGCUAAAGGCGCUUCCUUCUGCAAUCGGCCAACUGCGAAAGUUAACCCAUCUCGAUCUUUCUGGGAAUGAAUUAACAGAGCUUCCAGAGGAGAUUGGCAUGUUGACCAACCUCAAGAAACUUUAUCUCUUCGAUAACAACAUUCGCACACUUCCAUACGAGAUGGGAUACCUAUACCGCUUGCAGACUCUAGGCAUUGAGGGUAACCCCCUGAAUGAGGUUCUCAAAUCUCAGAUGAUGAAAGAUGGGACAAAAGCUCUAAUCAAAUACCUCAGGGAAGAGAUGCCUGUACACUUGCCUCCCCCGGAUCGUGACUGGGUCAUCCUUGACGAAACUGCGAGCUCAAACAACAGCCCCGCCGAGAAAAUCACCGUUCUAUCAUACAACACCUUGUGUGACUCCUCUGCCACCGCCUCCCACUAUGGCUACGUCCCUUCACGCGUUCUCUCUUGGGAGUUCCGUCGUGAACUCAUCCUUAACGAAUUACGAUCUCACAGCUCGGACAUUGUCUGUCUUCAGGAGGUGGACCAAGGAAGCUACAACAACUUCUACCGAGAACAACUUGCUUACAGUGAUUACAAGGGUGUCUUCUGGCCCCGAGGGCGUGCCAUGGGUAUGCAGGAAGAAGAUGCGAAGGCUAUUGAUGGUUGCGCAACUUUCUUUAAGGGAAGCAAGUACAUUCUUUUGGAUAAGCAACUUAUCAACUUCGGUCAAACCGCCGUACGCCGACCCGAUGCUAAGGGCCAGGACGACAUCUACAAUCGACUCUGGCAGAAGGACCACAUCGCAGUAGUCGUUUUCCUCGAGAACCGACAGACUGGAGCUCGCUUCAUGGUCGUGAAUUCUCAUCUCUACUGGGACCCGGCGUUCAAGGAUGUGAAGCUCAUCCAGACUGCUAUUUUGAUGGAGGAGAUUACCAAGCUUUCCGAUAAGUACGCGAAAUGGCCAGCCUGCACAGACAAGACCGCAUUCCGCUUCUCCGAGGCAGAAAGUGGUUCUGAGAACACCCCGAUUGUGGAGCCUGCACCGUCGAAGGAGUACUCCAGCGGUGAUCAGAUCCCACUCCUAAUGUGUGGUGAUUUCAACUCAUCGCCAGGGUCUGCCGCAUACACUGUGAUUGCGACUGGAAGGCUUGAUGAAGAUCACCCGGAGCUUAAGAACCGCCUUUACGGCAAUUUGAGCACGGUCGGAAUGACACAUCCAUUCCAACUUAGGUCUGCCUACGACGCUAUCGGGGAAUUGAGCUUCACCAACUACACACCCGACUUCAAGGAUAUCCUUGACUAUGUGUGGUACUCAUCCAACACGCUUCACGUUUCCGCCUUGCUUGGCGAGGUCGACAAGGAAUACCUACGCCGAGUGCCAGGUUUCCCCAAUUUCCAUUUUCCUAGUGAUCACGUUGCAUUGUUUGCGGAGUUUACUCUUAAAGGAAAGAAGGGCAAGGUUGUGGAGGCAGAUUUUGGGCCGCAACGACACUGAUGGGAUGACCGGAGCAUAUGAAUCUUUGGAGAUGGGUGUUUGUGUAGUCGGGUUUUCUCUGCUUUUUUCUUUUUCUUUUUUCUGUUUAUCUCGGAAUCUUUGCGGCAGUGGGGGAGAUUUUAUCCCUCUGUCUUGUUUGUUACAUCGUCUUUUAUCUUUCUUCAGUGUGUGUCUUUUUUUCACCGUGAUUAUGAAUGUCCUCUCUAUCUUCCUCCUCUUUC